AUGAGAGGACUCGCAUAUUUUCACCAAGGAGAUAUACAUUUUACAGAUAACUUGUCUGAGCCUAAAAUUCAAUCCGGCGACGAAUUGAUCUUGGAGGUAUCAUGGUGCGGGAUUUGCGGAACAGAUCUCCAUGAGUAUACAGAUGGACCCAUUUUUAUGCCGAAAGAUGGAUGCGCGAAUGAGCUAUCUGGUAACGGGCUACCGCUCGCAAUGGGCCAUGAAAUGUCAGGUAUAGUCUCAGAGGUUGGAUCUAAGGUUACGAGGUUCAAGAAAGGAGAUCACGUGGUUGUCGACGCAGGGUGCGGUUGUUUAGACACUCACCGUUUCGAAGACACGCAAUUGAGCGGAACAAUGUGCAAUGCAUGUAAGAUCGGCAUGGUCAACUGCUGCAGUCAUGCAGGCUUCAUUGGUUUGGGUGUAGGAGGUGGUGGAUUCGCUGAAAAAGUUCUCGUUGCGGAACAACACUGCAUCAAGGUUCCCAAAGAAAUUCCACUUGAUGUUGCUGCGCUUGUUGAGCCGCUGUCUGUCAGCUGGCAUGCGGUAAGCUCAUCUGGAUUCCAGAGGGGACAAACUGCCUGCGUCUUCGGAGCUGGACCUAUUGGUUUAGCAACUAUUUUGGUCCUGAAGGGAUUUGGCGCCAGUAAAAUUGUGGUAUCUGAAUUAGCGAAGAUCAGAAGAGUUUUGGCUGAAUCGCUAAAUGUGGAGACAUUUGAUCCUUCCAAACAUGGCAAGGAUGCGAUUGAGGAACUUAGAAAAAUCCCUGAAGGUGACGAUGGUUUUGACUUUGCAUUUGAUUGUUCCGGUGUUAAGCCAACGUUUGAUGGGGCACUGAAAGUUACGACUUUCAGGGGAACUUCUGUUAAUUUGGCGAUCUGGGGAAAUAAACCAAUAGACUAUUAUCCUAUGGAUGUGACUUUGAAGGAGAAAAAGUUGACUGGUUCCAUUGGUUACGUAGUGAAAGAUUUUGAAGGAGUCGUCAGCGCAAUUCAUGAUGGCAGAAUUCCGUUGUCCGAUUGUAGGCACUUAAUCACAGGAAAGCAAAAACUUGAGGAUGGUUGGGAAAAGGGAUUUCUGGAGUUAAUGAAUCAUAAGGACAGUAACGUAAAGAUUUUGUUGACUCCAAACAAUCAUGGGGAGCUACAUUCUACCUGA